AUGGCAUUCCUCUAUGAGCCCGAUAUUGAAUAUUAUGCUCAUUCAAAAGUGGUAAUUAGUGCUAUGGACAAGGAAUGUAUGUAUUGUCAUGCUCUGAAAUUCAAAAAUGAGCCAGCUGGGAUGUGUUGCGCGUCAGGAAAAGUGCAACCACCUGAAAUUGAAACACCACCUGAACCAUUGAACCGCUUACUUAUCGGCACAGAUCCAGAUUCUAACGUGUUCCUGAAGUCAAUUCGAAGAUUCAAUUCAUGUUUUCAAAUGACAUCGUUCGGAGCAACAGAAACAGUUCGAAAUACUAAUGCAAAUGGUCAACAAUUCAAUUCGACAUUCAAAAUUAAAGGCCAAGUUUAUCCUAAAAUGGGCUCACUGCUGCCAAUGUCAAACGAACCACAUAAAUUCUUACAAAUCUACUUUACGGGCGGCGAGGAUUCCGGAAGCACAAAGAGUUGUUGA